AUGGCGACGAGAAGUGAAAGGGAACGGUGGUGCUGCAUCGCCGCCGGCGAUCGCCGGCGAGGUGGUCGUUGGAUGGAUUCAAGUAGAGACCCCUUCUUUACCAAUCUUUUACAAGAGGGCUCCAACCUUGACAACCAAUUCAUGAAGUCUCAAUAUCUAAACCAAGUUAGUCAAGGUGCUGGUCAAGAAUCUCAGUUUUCAACCAAAAAAGAAUCUGCUACGAAAAAGUCACGCAAUGGCAACUUUUCUAAAGAAGAAGACAAUUUGCUUAUAUCAGCUUGGCUCAAUACUAGCUUGGAUGCAGUGCAUGGAAAUGAGCAAAAAAGUAAGACAUUUUGGAGGAGAGUUGGGGAGUACUUCCACGAGCACAAAACAUUUAUUAGUGAACGUACUGAUAAUUCUUUGAUGAACCGGUGGUCAAUCAUUCAACUUGGAACCAAUAAGUUUUGUGGGUACUUUGCUCAAAUUGAAUCAAUGCGUAAAAGCGGUGUGAAUGAGCAAGACAAGGAGGUUCAUAACACCUCAUUUCCAUUCAAACAUUGUUGGAAUGUGUUGAGGCAUCAACCAAAAUGGUUUGAGACGUACCAAAAGAAAAAUCCAAAAUGGAGUCGAAAUUCCACAUCUUCACCUUCAACACCAGAGUCAGUCAAUCUAGAGGAAAAUGAGAUCUCACGAGAUACACAUAUACAAUUGGAGAGACCAAUUGGCAAGAAGAAAGAAAAAGAAAGGCUGAAAAAAUUGAAGAGCCAAGAUACUACAAGUUCUCCAAUUGUAGACUUGCUAAUUGGCAUGAAAGAAGAGAAAAAGAAAGGAACUGAGAAAAAACUUGAAAUGCUUGAGAAAUCAUAUAUUAUUCAUGUUGAAAAAGCUGAAUUGGAGAAAUUGAAGGAAAAAAAAGAGAAUCAUAAUGAUGGAUACGAGUGGGAUGUCCCCAAUGCAACAAGAGUAGUAUUAUCAGCGUCAAAUGGAAAUCAUUGA